GAAGCCUAUUGGGAGAGAGAGAGAGAGAGAGAGAGAGAGAGAGAUGAAUGACUGCAAAAACAAUGCGCAGCUUUGAGCUCCUUUAGAUGACAUCAAUGCGGAAGUGUGCUGCUUGAGUUUAAACCAGUAGAGAGGAGCAGGGAUGGCGGAGAGGGGCGGCCCGGCGGCCCGGGCGGUGCUUCAGCAGUGUCUGCAGGCCAGACUCCAGGUGAAACCUGCAGAGGAAGAGGCCGAGGCUCAGUUCGUCCAGAUCGAGAGAGGCAUGGUGAUCUACAUCUGCUUCUUUAAAGGAGCCACAGACGACCUCCUGCCCAAGAUGGCCUCCACGCUGUUGAACCUGCGGCUCUGCGAGUCCGACUCGGGGAAGAUGGUCUCGGUCUCGGAGCUCCCCGGCGACCUGCUGAUUGUCCCUCAGGCCACGCUGGGUGGGAAGGCCAAAGGUCGAGCCCUGCAGUACCACGACAACAUCGGCAAGGAGGACGGCCUGCGGCUCUACGCCGCCUUCGUGUCUCUGUGCGAGGAGCGGCUGGCGGCCGCUUCAGUGAAGCACGGCACGUACGGAAACAGACAGGUGCUGAAGCUCGACACCAACGGGCCGUACACGCAUCUCGUGGACUUCUGAGGAGGGACGCUCUGCCGCGGUCACCAUGGAGACCAACGUCCGACAGCAAAGCCACACACAGACAUUAAAAGUUGAUUUCCCAAUGAUUCGGAGUCUUAAAAAUCUGUUCAUGACCCCACAAAAUGUUUUAAAAACUCCACAGAAGAAGAAGAAGAAGAACAGCAGCUGCUUCCCGUUCGGGGACAUCUGUCACAUGGUCGAGGGGGGACGGAGGUCGGGGACUGUUGUGAAGGCCACUCUUGGUCCUCCAGCAUACCGCUCUAUUUAACAGAAGGUCUCCCCAUGAGUAUCCACGCAAACACGGGAGGUUAAAAAAAACAUUGCAUGAUUUCAGAACAUUAUGAACUGAAACAGAAAUGUAGGAUUCACUAAGUCAGAGAGGAAAAAUGUCAUUUAGUGGAUUCACUCGAGCCCUUAACUUUACAUUUGACGUUAAUUUUAUGCUACUUUGUACUUCUACUCCACUUUGAUCUCUUUUUUACAGCAUUUGAUUCAUAUGACAGCUCGACUUGCAGACAAAAACUGAUGAAAUAGAUGAAAUGAAAUCUGCAUAAUAAUAAUAAAAACACUUGCAGGGUUUUAUUUUAUUUACUGUUCAUUAUUCUUUUACUAUCUUGAGUGUAUAUAAAUGAUCAUAGUUCAAUACCUCUGCCUGACGAAUGUUUUUUCCUUGAAAUGCAGUAUUUGUUAAGUAUUGUCAUGUUUAAUUAGUGGGUGUAGUUUCUCCUCCGGGCCGGCGGGGGCGCUGUGCGGCGGGUCAUGGACCGGAAACGAGCAGCGAUCAGUAAACUUGGGUUACAGCAGCUUUUACAACCUGCGUCAAACCCUUUUUUCUGUCACUUUUGCGGUAAGAAGGAGUAAUGCGGUCUCCGGUUGAUCACCCAACCCGCCAAAAUAAGAUAAUGAAAAUUGGAGGAAUAUGAAAACACCUUUUGUCCGUCUCGUGUGUAGUACGACGACUGACGUGAAAAUGAAAAAAAAGGAUGGUUACUGGAUGGUAACGUAUUUUUAUCAUUUUAACUAAUUGGCUUGAUUAAUAAAACAUACCAACAAUUUGAA